GCGACCAUAUGUGCUGCUGAAUUGAGCAACAGCGGUGAGCGGGCGAGGAUCAGGAAGAUUUGACCACUGAAUCCACUACACAAGCAGAAUGGGAAAGAAACAGAAAAACAAGGGUGAAGACAGCUCCAAAGAUGACGGCAUUGACAUCGACGCCCUCGCCGCAGAAAUCGAGGGGGCAGGUGCCCCCAAGGAACAGGCCAAAGGGAGGGGCAAGAAGAAGAAAGGCGGGAAGAAGGAGGAGUUUGAUGAAGAUGAUAUUCUCAAAGAACUGGAGGAACUCUCCCUAGAAACCCAAGGGGCCAAACCCAACAAAGAACCAGCUGGCAAGAAACCUGACGCCGUGGAAGAGGCAGAAGCGGAGCCAGCGCCAACCAAGGCGGAGAAGAAGAAGACGCGUAAAGGGAAGAAGGCCAGUUUCGAUGAUGAUGACGACGAGGAGGUGGUGGCCCCUCCUGCGACAACCACAGCGGCCACCGCCUCCGACUCGGAGGACGAUGACCCCAAACCCAGGAGGAAGGCUAAAGGCGGAAAGAAAGGCAAGAAGGAUGCAGCUGAUUCGGACGAGGAAGACCACGGCGCCGCGAGGAAGGGCAGCGGGGCUGAGGACUCGGACGACGAUGACGACGACGCCUCCCUGUCGGCGCGGAAACCCCGGAGCCGCGGGAACCAGCGGGGGAAAGGGAAGGCAGACAGCGAGGGAGAGGAGGAGGGCGGCGACGAAGAGGACGGCAGCUUCAAGUUGAAGACGGCGGCGCAGAAGAAGGCGGAGAAGAAGGAGCGGGAGCGCAAGAAGAAGGAGGAGGAGAGGGCCAAGCUGCGGAAGCAGAAAGAGAAAGAGCAAAAGGAGGAGAAGGAGAAGGGAGCCACCACAGAGGCCCCGCCCAAAAAGGAGGCCCCCAAGAAGAAGGAGCCUGAGGAGGCCCCAGCAGCAGAGGCGAAGAAGCUGGAGACAGCCGUCUCUGAGGAGCAGGAAGGAGGGGAAGCUCAAGGAGAGGAGGAUGCCGAGGGAGACAAAAAGAAGAAGGACAAGAAGAAGAAGAAGGGAGAGAAGGAGGAGAAGGAGAAGAAGAAGGGGCCGAGCAAGGCCACGGUGAAGGCCAUGCAGGAGGCGCUGGCCCGCAUGAAGGAGGAGGAGGAGCGGGCCCGGCAGGAGGAGGAGGAGAGGUUGCGACGCCUGGAGGAGCAGGAGGCCCUCAGGCUGGAGCAGGAGCGUCUGGAGCAAGAGAGGAAGGAGAAAAAGAAGCAGAAGGAGAAAGAAAGGAGGGAGAGGUUAAAGAAGGAGGGCAAGCUGCUGACUAAAACCCAGAGAGAAGCCCGCGCCAGGGCAGAGGCCACGCUCAAAAUGCUGCAGGCGCAGGGUGUUGAAGUGCCAUCCAAAGAUUCUGUGCCAAAGAAGAAGCCCGUGUAUUCUGACAAGAGGAAAAAGAAACCCACAGCACAGACCCCAGAAGAAACCUCAGAGGUGACUUCACCCACAUCUGAGACGGUCGACUCCAUCACCAGCGAGAUGGAGGUGGAGGUGGAAUCGCCCAAAGAGGAGUCAGUGAAAGAACAGAAGCCAGAGGCUGACCUGGAUGACUGGGAAGCCAUGGCCAGCGAUGAAGAGAAGGAGAUGAAGAAGGUCCACAUAGAGGUGAAGCAGACACCACAGCAGAACCAGGUACAGCCUGAGGAGGAGGAGGAAGAAGAGGAGGAGGAGGAGGAGGAGGAGGAAGAAGAAGAGGAGGAGGAGGAAGAAGAUGAAGAGGAGGAGGAGGAAGAGGAGGAGGAGGAGAGCGCCGAGGAGGAGGAGGAGAAGAAAGAGGAGACGCAGACACGGCCCGGCAGGAGGAAGGGAGGGAAGGAGCAGAGCUCAGACUCCAGCAGCGAGAGCGACUCUGAUGACGGGCGCAGCAAGGAGGAGAGGCUGUACGAGAAGGCCAAGAGGCGCAUCGAGAAACGGCGGCAGGAGAACCUGAAGAACAUCAACCUGGAGAAGCUACGUGCGCCCGUGGUUUGCGUCCUGGGCCACGUCGACACGGGGAAGACAAAGAUCCUGGACAAGCUGAGACACACGCACGUCCAGGACGGCGAAGCGGGAGGUAUCACCCAGCAGAUCGGGGCCACCAACGUCCCCCUGGAAACCAUCAUCGAGCAGACCAAGAUGGUGAAGAACUUCGACAGAGAGAACAUUAAAAUCCCAGGGAUGCUGAUUAUAGACACUCCAGGACACGAGUCUUUCAGUAAUCUGCGGAACAGAGGCAGCUCUCUGUGUGACAUUGCCAUCCUGGUGGUGGACAUCAUGCACGGCUUGGAGCCACAGACCUUGGAGUCCAUUAACCUGCUGAAGGAGAAGAAAUGCCCCUUUAUCGUGGCACUCAACAAGAUUGACCGCCUGUACGACUGGAAGAAGAGUCCAGACACUGACGUGGUGGCCACACUGAAGAAGCAGAAGAAGAACACCAAGGACGAGUUUGACGAGAGGGCCAAGGCUGUCAUCGUGGAGUUCGCCCAGCAGGGCCUGAAUGCGGCACUCUUCUUCGAGAACAAAGACCCCCGCACCUUCGUGUCCCUGGUGCCCACCUCCGCCCACUCGGGCGACGGCAUGGGCAACCUGAUCUCCCUGCUGGUGGAGCUGACCCAGUCCAUGCUGGCCCGGCGACUCGCCCACUGCGACGAGCUGCGGGCGCAAGUCAUGGAGGUGAAGGCUCUGCCCGGCAUGGGCACCACGAUAGAUGUAAUCCUGAUCAACGGACGCCUGCGGGAGGGCGAGACCAUCAUCGUCCCGGGCGUGGAGGGUCCCAUCGUCACCCAGAUCAGGGGGCUGCUGCUGCCCCCGCCCCUCAAGGAGCUGCGAGUGAAGAACCAGUACGAGAAGCACAAGGAGGUGUCGACGGCACAAGGGGUGAAGAUUUUGGGCAAGGACCUGGAGAAGACGUUGGCGGGGCUCCCCCUGCUGGUGGCACACAAGGAGGACGAGGUCCCUGUUCUGAAGGACGAGCUGGUUCGCGAGCUGAAGCAGACGCUGAACUCCAUCAAGCUGGAGGAGAAGGGUGUGUACGUGCAGGCCUCCACCCUGGGCUCACUGGAGGCCCUGCUGGAGUUCCUCCGCACCUCCAAAGUCCCGUACGCUGGCAUCAACAUCGGCCCCGUCCACAAGAAAGACGUGAUGAAGGCCUCCACCAUGCUGGAGCAUGACCCACAGUACGCUGUGAUCCUGGCCUUUGACGUGAAGAUUGAGAGGGACUCUCAGGAGAUGGCCGACAGUCUGGGUGUCCGCAUCUUUAGCGCUGAGAUCAUCUACCACCUGUUUGAUGCCUUCACCAAGUACAGGGAGGACUACAAGAAGCAGAAACAGGAUGAGUUCAAACACAUUGCUGUGUUCCCCAGCAAGCUGCGGAUCCUGCCACAGUUCAUCUUUAACUCCCGCGACCCCAUUGUGAUGGGUGUGUCAGUGGAGGCAGGGGUGCUCAGACAGGGAACUCCGCUCUGUGUGCCGAGCAAAGGGUUUGUAGACAUUGGGAUUGUCACCAGUAUCGAGAUCAACCACAAGCCUGUGGACGUUGCCAAGAAGGGCCAGGAGAUCUGCGUGAAGAUCGAGCCUAUCCCUGGGGAGUCCCCCAAGAUGUACGGCCGCCACUUCGAGGCCACCGACAUCAUCGUCAGCAAGAUCACAAGGCAGUCGAUUGACGCUCUGAAGAACUGGUUCAGAGAUGAGAUGCAGAAAUCUGAUUGGCAGCUCAUUAUGGAGCUGAAGAAGACCUUUGAGAUUAUCUGAAGAGAACAGUGAAUGGAUGGACAGAUGGAUGUGCACACGUGCGCGUGCUCUCACACACACACACACACACACACACACACACACACACACACACACACACACACACGCACACGCACACGCACACGCACACGCACACACACACAAAAACACAGAAACCCAGAUCACCUGACUGGAAAGGGAAACCAGCGAAGGUCUCCAUUCCCUGACACAUGCGAUUGUGCAAUGUCCAUCAAGAGACCUGGACAUGCGUGUGCGCGCGCACGCACGCACACACACA